AUGGUGGCCACAGCAUCAGCAGCCUUGAUAACCCAGACAAUAGAGCAGCACCGGCCGGACCUGGCCCCGCUGCAGGAGCUCUACAAGCACCUGCACCGGAACCCGGAGCUCUCGAACCAGGAGCGCGAGACGGCCGCCACCAUUGCGGCGCGGCUGCGCGCCCUGUCGCCCGAUUUUGUGAUCAAGACCGGCAUCGGCGGGCACGGCGUCGCCGCCGUCCUGCGCCGGGGUAAGAACGGGGGUAAUGAGGGACCCACCGUCCUGCUGCGCGCCGACAUCGACGCCCUGCCCGUCGAGGAGCGCACCGGCCUGCCGUACGCCAGCACGAGGCGCAUGCGCGACGCCCAAACAGGCGUCGACAAGGCCGUCAUGCACGCCUGUGGGCACGACAUGCAUAUCACCACGCUGCUCGGCAGCGCCGCGCUGCUCGUCUCGGCCGCCGCCGCGGGGGUGUGGUCCGGCACGCUGGUCUUGGUCUUCCAGCCCGCUGAGGAGCGCGGCACGGGCGCGCGCGAUAUGGUCGCCGACGGGCUGUACGACCCGCGCCGGCACAAAGUGCCCGUCCCGGACGUCGUGCUGGGCGCGCACGUCGUGCCGGCGCGGACGGGGACGGUGGGCUCGCGGCGGGGGCUCAUCGCUACGAGCGCUGAUAGCAUGCGCAUAACGCUACACGGCCGCGGCGCGCACGCCAGCAUGCCGCACGUCGGGAUUGACCCCGUGGUCAUGGGCGCGAGCGCCGUAUUGAGAUUACAGACCGUCGUGGCGCGCGAGGUGGACCCCUACGCCGACAGCGCCGUCGUCACCGUUGCCAGCUUCCACGCGGGAGACGCCGAGAACGUGAUCCCGGACUCGGCGAGGUUGUCGGUUGAUGUGAGGGCUGUUAGUCAGGGCACGCGGGAGAGGGUGCUGCGACGCGUGCGCGAGGUCGUGCGCUGCGAAUGUGCCGCAUCGAACGCGCCCCGCGAGCCCGAGUUCGAGACCACGCGGGAGUUCCCCACCACAAUCAACGACGACGCCGUCACAGCCCAACUAGAAAAGUGCUUCGCGGCGCACUUUGGGGGUGACAACAACCACAACAACAACGACGGCUACAAGAUAACGUACAACGCCGAAGUCCCGCGCGUGGGCAUGAGCGAGGACUUCGGGGUCCUAGGGUCCGCGGUCGGCAGGCCGUACUGCUUCUGGCUGUACGGCGGCACGGACGGGGCGGUGUGGGAUCACGCGGAGAGGGAGGGCCGGGUCGGGGAGGAUGUGCCGAUCAAUCACUCGGCGUACUUUGCGCCGGCGAUCAUGCCGACGCUGAGGGUCGGUCUUGAUGCGUAUGCCGUUGCGGCUUUGACUUUCUUGGGACGGGGUGAAGGGGUCGAGUGGGGAGUUUAG